CGUCAGCGUGGGCCGGCGGGGACGACGGGAGGGGCGGCCGCAGGUAACGGCGCAGAGCCCCUGAGAAGCGGCACUAAACCCGGACCGGCGGGACUCGGCUCGGUUCUCCAGGGGAAAAACGCGUCCCAGUUCGGGUUCCGGGCCAGAACCGAGCUGCCCGGUGCCGUUAUUAGUCCCGCUAGGCGUUUGAGGAAACCAAUAAGGAAGUUUAGCUGACGCUGGAAACGCGGACGUGGGUGGCCCCCUGAGUGUCCUGGAUGUCCACGGAGAUGGAGGAGCCAGUGAGUCCGCUGGAGAGGGAUCUGUCCCUGGGCGUGCUGGUCCCGGGGAGGCUGGAGGACAGAAUAACCGUACACGGAAGUAAACCAGUCAUGGACCUGCUGGUGACGCUCUGCGCCAGUUACCACCUGAACCCGGCCGACUACAGUGUGGAGUUUCUGUCGCCCAACAAGAACAGCAUCAGCUUCAAACCCAACUCUCCGGUUGGCGCGCUAGAAGCUGAGAAGAUCGUGUUGAAGCUCAAAGGGUCUGAGGAGAAGGAGAAGGUCAAGAAGCCAUACGUGCCUGAGGCAACGGUGCGUCUCCUGAUCAACUACAACCAGGCCCACAGGACGGUGCUGCGGGUGAACCCCACGCUGCCGCUUGAGGCGCUGCUGCAGCCGGUGUGUGACAAGUGUGAGUUUAACGUAGAAACAACCGUCCUUCUGAGGGACUCCCGGUCCCGGGAACCGCUGGACUUGAGGAAGACGUUGAACGAGCACGGGCUGAGGGAAGUGUUCGCCAGAGACACGGCACCCAGGAGACCUUCGGACCCCCGACUCCAGACGGCUGAAGCAGCAGAUGAUAUCUCACCCCCUCCACUGCAAGAUCUGCCAAAAAAAGGAAAGAAAGACAAGAGCAGAGGAUUCUUCAGCUUAUUCAGAAGGAGGAAGAAGCAAGAUGGACUGCAGCAGACGGUGAGUGCUCCAGUGUCUCCUGGUCCUAACAAACCAGCGGGAGUCAGAGUGAGUUCACGGAGCGCUUCUGCCUCAAACACCCUUCACGCAGACCCCUCCAAGAAGAGGCCGGCCCCCCCGCCACCUGUGGCUGCAUCACAGAGCGUCCCCAGUGACCUCAGCAGCUGCCACAUACAGGGAUCUGGAGACAACCAAGACACGAAGUCUGCAGAGUCACCUUUAAGGAAUACCAAAAGGAGGGCCCCACCCCCUCCCUGUGCAAACACAGUCCAGGAGCCGAGGGAAGACGCUGACGUUGGAGCGUCUCUGAACCCCGUGGAGGAGCUGAAAGAAGCUGCUGAGCUGCAUGUGGAGCCGUCCCAGCCCCGGUCUUCCUCAUCACAUCCCUCCCAGACGCUGCCGUCCCUGUCGUCCUGGCGCCAGUCGCUGGCUCAUCUCCACCAGGACACUGAUCUGCAUCUGCCUUCCUUCCGGGGGAAGGAUCUAUGUGACGCGCGCUGCGCUCUUGCCAAAGUCCUAACAUCUUCCGUGUCCAAAGGCGCGCUGGUCAAACGUUUCAGGAACUCUGCCAGCUUCACAAAGUUCCACGUCUCCUCCUGCGUGUCCGUCACUCCGGAUAAUGAGGAUGUGUGUGCAGAGCUGGAGUCUGUGUUCAGUUCUAACCUUCCCACCGAUGGAUGGGAGGAGCCGGCGCAGAGGAGCGGACUGACCACGUUCAAAGUGGUUCCCCCAACGAAGCUGACUGUGGACGGGUCGGACCAGUCGGACCAGAGCCACGGGUCAGAAGAUGGUGAUCCUGGAAGCCAAAGUUCUUCUGAAGUUGAGAAGAAUCACCUGGAGAAUAAAGAUCCAGGUUCUCCUGACGGGUCUGAGGGGGAACAUACUGAGCAGAGGAAUGAUGCUUCACCUGCUCCUCCACCUCAACUUCAUUCAGAGCCUCGCUUUCCUCCAGACCGGCCGGUGUCUGAGGGGGGAGACGCUCGCAGAAACCAGGUGGAGGAGGAAGCAGAUGCUAGUGAAAACCAGGUGGGGGAGGAAGCAGAUGCUAGCAAAGACCAGGUGGAGGAGGAAGCAGAUGCUAGUGAAAACCAGGUGGAGGAGGAAGCAGAUACUAGUAAAAACCAGGUGGAGGAGGAAGCAGAUACUAGCAAAAACCAGGUGGAGGAGGAGGAAGCAGAUGCUAGUGAAAACCAGGUGGAGGAAGAAGCAGAUGUUAGCAAAAAACACAUGGAGGAAGCAGAUGUUAGCAAAAACCAGGUGGAGGAGGAAGCAGAUGCUAGUGAAAACCAGGUGGAGGAGGAAGCAGAUGCUAGUGAAAACCAGGUGGAGGAAGAAGCAGAUGUUAGCAAAAAACACAUGGAGGAGGAAGCAGAUGUUAGCAAAAACCAGGUGGAGGAGGAAGCAGAUGCUAGUAAAAACCAGGUGGAGGAGGAAGUAGACGCUAGUGAAAACCAGGUGGAGGAGGAAGCAGAUGUUGGCAAAAACCAGGUGGAGGAGGAAGCAGACGCUAGUGAAAACCAGGUGGAGGAGGAAGUAGACGCUAGUGAAAACCAGGUGGAGGAGGAAACAGAUACUAGUAAAAACCAGGUGGAGGAGGAAGUAGACGCUAGUAAAAACCAGGUGGAGGAGGAAGUAGAUACUAGUAAAAACCAGGUGGAGGAGGAAGCAGACAUCAGGUCUGAGGUGGAGGAGGAGGAACCAGGCUGCAGUGAUGGAGGUCCUGCUGCAGACUUGGACCCUGAUGGGAAGAACACUGAGAUUCUACCAGAGGAUGAAAGCGAGGAGGAGGUCAGCUUCCCUCCCCCUCCUCCUCCAGUCUUUUUUAGAGAAGAUGCUGAAGUCACGGAGACAGAAGACUCCACUUUCCCACCAGCUCCUCCAGCCGUGGGCGGGGCUCCAGCAGACCUAACCUCCGGGAGGCCCGGGCAGCCUCCGGACAGGAGGAACGGAGCCCCGUCCCAGUUUGCCCAGGCGGUGGCCAUGGCCGUGCAGAGGUCUCGCCUCCAGAGCCUCAGCAAAGGUCCUCUCGUCCCCAGGGGUCCUCCCAGUGCUCUCCAGUCCCCGCCCAGGUCCACAUACCAGUACGGUGCCUGACCUCCUUCCACAAACAUCUAUAAAUAGUUUCUCAUUAAGACGGGAUUCAGGACUGAUACCUGGCUCAGCAUUUCACUUCCACAUACCUCCAGCAGAAGUUCAGCGGACUUACCUCCACAAACUGCAUCAGUUUUAUUAAGCAAAGGACAUGAUCCAUUUUAUCUUUUUAUUUUUCUGUCUUUUGCAAGAAGCCUUGUUUGACUUGUUUAUUUUAUUGUAUUUUUUUGCGUGUAAUUUAAUUUCCAUUUUCAGGUUGAAACAAACAUUUUUUUUAUUGUGGAAAAGGCCAAAUAGGAACCCAGUUGUUGAGCUAUAUCCUGUUUUUUUUCUUUACUUCCUCCUCCAUUUUCAGCCGGUGUGUGCCAAAAUGGAUACAACAUGAGAGCUGUUUUGUAUAUGUGUGUGCAAAACCAAAGAAAUUAAUUGCAAUUGAGGUGUGAUUUAGGUUUUUCUGCAGGAGUUCUUGCUUUUGUUGUGAUGUACGUUUUUAAACCUCACACGCGGAGGAUGCAGGACAGUUUGCUCUUCGGCCAGCAGGUGGCAGUAGAGCGCUGUGAUUCUGGAAACAUGUUUUCAUUAAAAAAACAAAACCCACAAAUAUCACCAGGAAUACAUUUUGUAGAUUUUAAAAUGAUUAAAAAGCAGUAAAUAUUGUUUCUAUUAACAGCAAUGAAUUUAAUUAAACAGUAUUUUUUUUUUGUAG